UGAAGGUUAUGGAUGAAAAUGGCUCGUCGCCAAAAAAUAAGAAAUUUUUACAUAAAAUGUUUAUGGCAGGAAAAGGGAUAAAUAAUCGUGUAGGAUGUUUUUCAGGAAAUUCAAUAGAUUCAAGUGCAAGUCCUAGUAAUCAUGUCAAUAAUACAGAUAAUAUACAAAGUGCACAAUUACGACUGUGUUGUGCCGUAACUGAUGUCAAUCAAAGUCCGGCCGUAAACUUAUCACGUACACCAUCAACAUUGUCACGUAAUAGACCAUUAGAUAUACCAUUAUUCCAAAAGGCGUCUAUUGCUAAUAGUAUAAAUGGCACUACAAGUAGUACAACAAAUGGCGACUCAGAAUCUUCAUCGAAAGAAGAUGCAAAUAAUAUUAAGGAUCGAUCUCGUUUACGUCGAAAAGUAUUAACACAACGUCGUUCUGCUGAUAAUUUAAUACCUACCAUACCUCCAUCAAGUCCUCUACGAUAUUCAUCACCCGAAAGUUCACAUAGUGCACCAGUUUCAAAACUUAGAUCGACUACAUCUCAUGAUACAAUGUUAUACAAUAAUUCAUCUACAAUAAGUAUGGACAGUUUGGCUAGGCAAGCGUUACUUGCUGCUCAAGUUCUACAUUUAAUUCCGACAACUAAGGCUCGUGAACGGAAUUAUUUGCAAGGGCGAAUUGCAGCAAAUUCUUUAUUAGGUGCCACUGAAUUGGAACGUGUAUUACCUAAUCGUGAAGCUCGCAUCUUCGUUGGAACAUGGAAUAUGAAUGGUCAAUCACCGCCAAGAGAAAUCAAUGAUUUCGUACUUCCAAGUUGUAUUGAUCAUGUACCAGAUAUCCUAGCAAUUGGUACACAAGAAUCCUGUUCAGAACGAUUUGAAUGGGAAGUAUGUCUUCAAGAAACCAUAGGCCCAUCUCAUGUUAUGUUGAGUUCAGCAUCGUUAGGUACAUUACAUUUGGCUAUAUUUGUACGCCGUGAUCUCAUCUGGUUCUGUUCAAUAUGUGAAGAUGCAAGUAUGUCAGUAAGACCGGGAACUGCAUUUCGUACAAAAGGAGCCGUUGGUAUUGCUUUUAUGUUAUUUGGUACAUCUUAUCUCUUUGUAACCGCCCAUUUAACUGCUCAUCAAGAGAAAGUAAAAGAACGUGUUUCGGACAUUAAACGCAUUAUUCGUUCGUUAGACUUACCUAAAAAUUUACCAAUACGACAUAAAUUAAAGGGUAAAAAAGAUGUGACACAAAAUUUUGAUUGCGUCUUUUGGUUUGGUGAUUUAAAUUUUCGUUUAAAUGAACCGCGUGCCCAAGUUUUACAGUGGAUUGAGGAAACGAGUUGGCCAUUACCAGCACAUUUGCCACAUGGCAUGUUACAUACGGAUCAAUUGAAAGCUGUACUAUCUGAUGGUGCUGCGUUUAAGGGAUUUCGUGAGGCACAAAUUACAUUUCCACCAACUUACAAGUAUGAUCCAGGCUCGCAAAGGUUUGAUAGUUCAACUAAACAACGGACACCAGCGUACACAGAUCGUAUUUUAUUUAAAUGUCGUUCAGCGACAAAUUUGUUAUCAGCAGCCCGUCGUGGAUCAGCAUUAUCAAGUUUAUCAAGCACUAGUGUUGAACAGAAACCGUCUUUAGAAUGUUUAAUUUAUGAUUCCGUCCCGAGCAUAAUUACAUCUGAUCACAAACCAGUUUGGGGAGUUUUCAAAAGUCAUGUACGGCCUGGAAUUGAUACAAUACCAUUAGCCGCUGGAUUAUUCAACCGUGAUGUAUAUUUGGAGGGUAUUAAAAGACGUGCAGCCAGUUUGGAAAAAGCUAGGGGUGUGUCUACUAUAUGUUCCAUUCAAUAGGAAUAUUCAAAAAUGGUUGUGUAAACAAUA